AUGAACGGCCUCGUGGACUACGCGUCCAGCGACGACGACUCCGACGGCUCGUCGCCGCCGGACGAGGCGCCGGCGCCCGCGCCGCGCGCGCCGGCGCCCGUCGCCGAGGCCGCCGGGAGCGGCACGCGCCAGAGCCGGCGCUACCUCCAGGCGCGGGCCGUGCUCCCGCCGGAGAUCCGCGCGGCCCUCGAGGGCGGCGGCGACCUCGACGACGACGGCGGCGGCGGCGCGCCCGCCGCCGCGGCGCCGCGGCAGAAGCGGCCGCGGACCGAAGGCGGCGGCCGCCAGCACGCGCUGCUCGCGGCGCUCCCCGCCACGGUCCAGACCUACGAGGCGCCGCCGGAGGCGCCCGAGGAGGCGCCCGAGGAGGACGACGCCGACGCGCGGGACGACGACGACAGCGACGGCGGCGCGCCCGCGGGCCCGUUCUUCAAACUCCCGGAGAAAACCGGCAAGCGGCCCGCCGCCGCCGCGCCCGUCGUGGUCCGCGGCGCGCCCGAGCCCGCGCGCCGCCGGCCGCCGCCGCCGCGCGCCGCGCGCCCGCCCGUCGUCGCGGCCUACGCGGCGCCGGCGCCGCCGCCGCCGCAAGAGAUCUCGUCCGGCCGCCGGCGCCGCGAGGCCGAGGCCGCGCUCAACUCCGGCGACGCGCGCGCGCUCCGCGAGUUCGCGAGCGUGCACGGGCCGUCCGUCGACAUCGCCGAGGCGCGCGGCCACGUCGAGCUCCGGAGCCGCGAGGAGCUCAUCGCGGCCUCCGACGCGCGGCCGCCCGAGGUGUCCAUCGCCGCGCAGUUCUACAACACGAAGACGGGCGCGACGACGACGUCGACCAAGGCGACGAAGACGCAAAGGCGCAAGCACCAGAUCAACUCCCUCGCCAUCUCCGCCGCGGAGCGCGAGCUCGAGCUCCUCGACAAGAAGGGCAAAUCCAACAAGACGAAGCACGAGACCAACGCGCGCUACGGCUGGUAG